AUGGAGGAGCAUGAUGGCCCUUGCAACAGUACUCAUCUCGCAACAGUACUAACCUCACCAACUUCGUUAGUGAGUGGAAUUUGCAGCCCUGCAAAGGCGGACGCAAAUAGCAAAGUAGCCUUUUCGCUACUGCUCCCUCAAAGUGUGCAAGACCAAAAAAACCAAACGCACCUUCACCUGUGGGCACACUCCAUUGAUUUUCCGAUCGAAUGCCCGACAUACCAACCUUUUUCAUCCUCACCGGUCCUUGCAUGGAGCCGCCAGAUUGGAUUUAUAAAACUAGCUACUCCUUUUUCGGGUUAUUGUGAUGUCAGUUUGCCAGACUAG